AUGGAGAACCAUUGCCUACUGACAGCAGUGGGACAUUAUGUCACUGUGCCGCGAGAAGAAGCUGCUAGCAAGGAACUACCUACGGACGAAAGCGGAAACGUCAUCUAUCCCGUGACAAAGCCGACGGAUCACCUCUGCCUACUGACACUUCCGGAAACUUCGUCACUGACGAAGGAACCGAUCAUCGAAAAAGAUGAGGAAGGCCGUCCUCUUGGACCAGACGGGCAAGUUCUGCCAACUGAUGACACAGGAAACUUCAUCUACCCUGUGUUCGGACCUGAUGGAAGUCCUCUUCCUACUGAUGAGCAUAAGCGACCCAUUCAUCCAGUUCUUGGACCUGACGGCUCUCCUCUUCCAACUGACGAUUCGGGUCAUCCUCUUGGAAAAGACGGUAGACCCAUACCGACUGAUCGCAGUGGUGUUCCAUUGGACAAAGAUGGAGAACCAUUGCCUACUGACAGCAGUGGGACAUUAUGUCACUGUGCCACGAGAAGAAGCAGCUAG